AUGCAAUUAAAACAAACAAAUGGCCGAUUCCCCAAUUGUAAAACCGUUCAAAGCCGUAAAAAAGAACUUACGUCAACCACACACGGUGUUAUACUUCGAGGAACACGGAUUGUCAUUCCUGCGGCUCUACAACAACGUGCAAUAGAUAUAGCACAUGAGACACACUUAGGAAUAGAGAAAACGAAGUCUCUAAUUCUUGAAAAUAUCUGGUUUCCGCAAACUGACAACCAAGUCAAAAAAAAAAUUGCUAAGUGCACCACUUGUCAAGCUGUCGGACAGGCGAAUCCUCCAGAACCAUUACGUAUGACCGAAAUGCCACAGUUACCAUGGAGAACUGUCCACAUAGAUUUUUAUGGUCCACUACCAUCGUCUGAAUAUCUUUUAGUGGCGGCAGAUAGAUACUCCAGAUUCCCAGAGGUUGAGAUCGUUCAUUCAACACGAGCCUCAACAGUCGUUCCAAAACUUGACAAAAUGUUCUCAGUCCAUGGCAUUCCUGAUACCAUUAUAUCUGACAAUGGUCCCCCUUUUAAGAAGACGAAGACGAGUAUGUACGAUAUCUGA